CUUCCCUCCAUGUCCGACCUACCUGUUGCAGUACCUGCGGUCAAUUAGCACUCAGGUGGGCCAAGAUAUAAAGGCGGUGUGAGCAAUUGGUAGUCCUCUCUUCUCUGCUCUUCCAUCCGUGGUACUCAGAGCAAGAUAGAAAGUUGGUGGACUGGUAAGUUUGCAUUUAUUGUUCAACGGUUUGCAGUCAUUAUGCAUCUUUGGUCUUGUGAUGUUUUUGAGCAACUUCUUUUUUUUUUGCACGUUUACUGCGUUUGCCAUCUUGGUGGUCAAUAUUAAAAUGCAUUAAAUGAACAGCUAAAUUGAUUUAUUCUGUGGUGCAUAUAGAAUACUGCAACUCUAAAUCAACUAUCCCUUCACUUAAUAUUGGAAUUUCAGUGUUUAAUAUCAUCCCUCCUGCCUAGGGUGCGGCUAUGAAAGGACCAGCGUGCUAUAGAGAUUUUGAGAUGUCUACCAUGAAGCAUCUCAAACUUCUGUGUCCUACAUUGCUGCUUGGCUACUUGGUGGCUGUUGUGCUGUCUGCCUCCACCGAGCAUGUGAGAUGGUGUGUGAAGUCGGACAAGGAGCACCAGAAGUGUUUGGCGCUGGCUACCAAGGCGCCAGUCUUCUCCUGUGUCAAAAAAUCGGAUUCUCUGGGAUGUAUCAAUGCCAUUCAUGACGAUUCAGCUGAUGCAGUUACUCUGGAUGGAGGAGACGUAUACACCGCUGGCAUGAAGAGCUUUAAACUUCAUCCCAUCAUUGCUGAGGACUAUGGUGCCACAUCAGAAACGUGUUACUAUGCCGUCGCCGUGGUCAAGAAGGGGUCUGAGUUUGGCAUUCGAGACUUGCAAGGAAAGCGAUCCUGCCACACCGGCUUGGGAAAAUCUGCCGGCUGGAAUAUUCCGAUUGGAACUCUUAUCAAGUUGGGUGUGCUGCAAUGGGGAGGCAUUGAAGAUGAAUCCAUUGAGGCUGCGGUUGGAACAUUUUUCGCCGAAAGUUGUGUGCCAGGUGCUGAAUUGGGUUCCCAACUGUGUAAAGGCUGCAAAGGAGAUUGCUCGCGUUCUGACGAUGAACCUUUCCAUGGCUACAGCGGUGCAUUCCAGUGUCUGGUGCAAAAUGCCGGAGAUGUGGCAUUUGUCAAUCAUCUUACUGUACCAGAGAGCACGAAGGCUGACUACGAGCUGCUGUGCAUGAACAAUUCUCGAGCACCCAUCGACUCCUACAAAGAAUGCCACCUGGCCAGGAUACCUGCUCAUGCUGUGGUGACCCGACAAGACCCAGUGCUGGCAGAGUGUAUCUGGACUAGUCUCACCACAGUGCAGGACUUUGACCUGUUCUCAUCUGAGACGUACGCACCGGCCAAGAAUCUAAUGUUCCAAGACUCUACUGAAAAGCUAGUCAGGUUACCUGCCAAUAUCACCUCAGUGCUCUAUCUGGGCGCUAGCUACUUAAGCGUUGUGCGCUCACUGAACAAAGAGAUCACCGCAUCCGGCUCGAAUGCUAUCACAUGGUGUGCCGUGGGCCCGCGUGAGACUGCAAAAUGCGACCACUGGAGUGCCAACAGCACGGUGGACGAUAAAAACAAAAUUCUGUGCAAGACUGCCUCUACAGUGGAAGAGUGCAUAAAGAUGAUUAUGUUCAAAGAAGCAGAUGCAAUGGCCAUGGACGGAGGAGAGGUGUACAUCGCAGGACAGUGCGGUCUGGUUCCAGCCAUGGUGGAGCAGUAUGAUGAAGUAAUGUGCAACCAGUCUGGAGGCUCAGCCUCAUCCUAUUAUGCGGUCGCUGUGGUCAAAAAGGGUUGUGGGGUGACUUGGGACAACCUGAAGGGGAAGAAGUCUUGCCACACAGGCUUUGGCAAAAGUGCCGGCUGGAACAUUCCCAUGGGUAAAAUCUACAAACAGACGGGAGACUGUGACUUUACAAAGUUCUUCAGUAGCGGCUGCGCCCCUGGAGCUCCGGCCGACUCGCCAUUCUGCUCUCUGUGUGCAGGCAGUGAUGAAUCUGUGGUUGACAAGUCAAAGUGCCAAGCCAGUUCAGAGGAGAAGUACUAUGGCUACGCUGGGGCCUUUAGAUGUCUCGUUGAGGGUACUGGUGAUGUGGCCUUCAUUAAACACACAACUGUUGCAGAAAACAGCGACGGAAAGGGUCCAGAGUGGGCUGCUGAAGUCUUGAGCAGUGACUACGAGCUGAUUUGUCCAACUAAGGAUCCAGUGCCAAUCGCGGACUUUGAGGCUUGCAACCUUGCCAUUUCCCCAGCGCAUGCUGUGGUGACCCGUCCCGAGACCCGCAAUGAUGUUGUCUCCGUUCUUCAAGAACAGCAGGCCCUGUUUGGCCGAUAUGUCAGAGAUCCCAGUUUCAAAAUGUUUGAGUCCAGUCCGGAGGCGAACCUCCUUUUCAAAGAUUCCACCCAGUGUCUCCAGGAGGUUCCAAGUGGGUGCAACUAUAAGAGCUUCUUGGGACCAGAUUACAUGGAUGCAAUGACCACACUGAGGGAGUGUAGUGACUCUACUUCAGAGUUGGAGAAACUGUGCACUUCCAGCAUCUGCCAGACAAAUUAAAUGGCUCAGAAUGCUGAGGCCACAUUUUGUUCUCUGUUCCCAACUGCUUCGAAAUCAUCCUUGGACGAAUGACUUAAGUCAUUUUGCAUUGUUUUUCUAACAUGUGCCUCAAAUAAAAGCCUUUCCAAUGACU